AUGAAGAUGGUCAAGGAGAAAGCACUCAAGUUUAUGUUCAUGGACACAUCUACUCUUGAUGCCAAGGCAAAGGCGUAUGUCGAACUUUGUCGCGAUGAAAUGCCCAUGAAGAAGCAAAUGCUCAUGAAAAGCAUGAUGGGAGGAAUGGGAGGGUGGAUGGGAGGUGCCAUGGGAGGAGGAAUGGGAGGUGGAAUGGGCAGGUACAUAAACAUGAUGGGUGGUGCCAUGAGUGGUGCAUUUGGUGGAAACAUGGGAGGUGGCUUUGGUGGCAACAUGGAUGGUGGCUUCGAUGGCAUGGGAGGUGGCUUCGGCGGCAACAUGAGCGCAAUGGGAGGUGGCUUCGGCGGCAACAUGAUGAGUGGCAUGGGAGGUGGCUUUUGUGGCAACAUGAUGAGUGGCAUGGGAGGUGGCUUUGGCGGCAACAUGAUGAGUGGCAUGGGAGGUGGCUUCGAUGGCAACAUGAGUGUUGGAAAUAUGCCCUAG